AGGUCGUAGUUACUAUAGGUCAAUGUGUCCUUCCACACGUGUGUUUCUGUGAUCUUCCAGCAGCAGUAACGGGGACUCAGCCGGUCUGUGUGCUGUCAAACUCAUAUAUUCUGUCGUUACACGCUUUAAUAUUUCUAACAUGCUAAAGUCGGUGGUCCGCGCGGUGGGAGCCGCUGUCCGCAUGUCCUCAGCCACCACGUCCACAGCCCGGGCUCUGCCGCUCAGCUGCCCGACUCUGUGCUCUCCGUGUUCGGCUACAACGCGGCCCUUCACCCGGUCUCUGUGGAUGCUGAACAGCAAAGGAGCCUCGUCAGGAUACAGGCCAAAACUGUUCAGUUCAAAGGUGUUGCAACCCACGGUGUCGUGUGGAUGUGGAGGACUGCACACAGAAGGUGACAAAGCAUUUGGUGAUUUCCUGUCUGAUGAACUUAAAGAAGAGAAGAAGAUCCAGAAAAACAAAACUCUUCCUAAGCUGUCUGGAGGAUGGGAGCUGGAGAUGAAUGGCACAGAGGCUAAACUCACAAGAAGUGUUUCUGGAGAGAAAAUCUCUGUCUCAUUCAACGUCAACAACAGCAUUCCUCCUAACUUUGAGGAAGAGGCAGAACAAGGUCAGCAGAAGUCAGCAGAGGAAGAGCCUGAAAUUGUGUCAACUCCCAAUUUUGUUGUUGAAGUCACAAAACAGGCUUCAAAACAUUCCCUGGUGUUUGACUGCCAUUUCCCUGAAGACGAGAUGAGUCAUGGCGAAGGAGAAGAGGAGAGCGACAUCUUUGCCAUCCGUGAGGUCAGUUUCCAGCCUGAGGGAGAUACAGACUGGAAGGAGACCAGCUACACACUCAACACAGACUCUCUGGACUGGGCCCUGUAUGACCACUUGAUGGACUUCCUGGCCGACCGUGGGAUCGACAACACCUUUGCCGAUGAGCUGAUGGAGCUGAGCACCGCCAUUGAGCAUCAAGAGUACAUUAAGUUCCUGGAAGACCUCCAAGGCUUUGUCAAAUGUAACUAAUGUUAGUUAGAAGCUAAAUUUCACUUUUCUUCAGUACACAUCCAGAGAUAGGAUGAUACAGUAAGACUAAAGCAAAUGAAAGCACUGAAUGAUUGAUUUGUUCAGCGCACGAAGGAGACUGAUGGUAGUGUCUGUGACAGUGAGCCUUGUUGCCAGCAACUGUCACUAAGACUUAUCUGCAAACAUCUUUCCUUUGGUGAAAUGUGACUUUAUUUUUCUGUAACUUAAACAACAUAGUUUAAAUUAAAUAUUUAAAGGCCAUAAAUAAUGUAGGUCAUGAUAAUCGUGCAGAAACCGUCAUUGUAAGAAAUGUCUCUCAAUUUUAGAGUUCCUGUCUUAUCUGCACGGCCUCAGGAGGGUCCAGUCAGUAUUUAUGAAUGUUCACUUUCCAAUAAAGGACAAAUUUGUCAAGGUGCAAAUUCAAAACAAAAAUAUCAAAAAGUAAACAGUUUACAAAAUCAGUCCUCACUUCAAAAUGUAUGUGACAGCUUCUGGCAAUCCUGCUCCGAGUCUGACUUCUAGCUGGGCUUGUUCACGUUGACCAACAUUGAUUCAACUCUGCCAGACCAUAAGACAUGAAGUCUACUGUUGAAUGAUAUAUAUCCAUGUAUGUUAAGAGAAUGGAAGUUCUAUGUCCAUUAAAACAGUUUGAUAAGA